AAAAAGAUUUUAUUUUAUGAAUACUACAUCAAUCCCAGCAGAACGUACACUGUUUGUUUCAAAAUACCCUUAAUAAACAACCACUGAACAAUUAAAGAAUAUAUUUUCAGAAUUUGGCCAAAUUGAAUAAAUUAUCUCUCAAGGAUCAGGAGUAUGUAUAAUCUAUAAAGAAAAUCAAAGUGGUAAAUUAUUGUCAUUAUAUAUUCUAAGUUACUUCUGCUCUUUAAAAAUCUAUUAAUAUCAAUGGAGAAGAACCCUAUGUUUGUUAAUACUUAAAUAUAGCUCAAUUGGAUCAUGAAGCUAAUGUGUUUAUUGAUAAUAUUGAUAAAAAAGAGACAUAAUCUUCUCUUCGUUAACUUUUCAGUUAAUUUGGAACUAUUCUAAGUGUCAAAUUAUAGAAAUCAGAUAAAGUAGGUGUUGCCUAUAUAUAAUUUGAUAAAAAAGAGUCUGCUGAUAAAUGUAUUGCAGAAUAAUCAAGAUUAGGAUUUAAAAUUUAGAAGUAUCUUUUUAAUCUUAUUCAUUAGAUUUACAUCUAAAAAACAACAUAGAGAUCAAGUAUACAUAAGUAACAUUAAAGUGUUACCAAAUGUCACACCAGAUUAAUUAAAAUCUGAUUUACAAUCAUUUGUAUAAUCUUUUGGAACUGUUGAAUCAUUGAUUUUAAAUAGAAACACAACAAAUGGAACAUUUUUUGCAUUUGUAAAAUUUGUCAAUUAGGAGAGUGCUAAAGCAGCUGUCAAAUCAAAUAAAUUAUUUAAUGAUCAAUAAAUACAUAUAGAAUGGGUAGUAAAUAAUGUUGACAAAGAUAUUGAAGCUAAUUUAUUCACUAAAAACCUUAAAGCAGAUAUUACUGAAGAAGAUUUAAAGAAAGCUCUUAAUUUAUUGGUUACUGUUGAAGAUAUAAAAUUAAUGCCAUCAAAAUAACCACCUAAUGGUAAUUAUUUAUUAUUAUUUAUUAAUUAGGUAAUAGACAACCUACUUAAAUAGCUUAUUUAUAUUUUAAAACAGCUGAAGAUGGUAAGAAAUUGAUAGCAUAUGCAUAUGAUCAUCCAUAAAUUGUGUCAUUAUAUGUUAAUGGAGUAAUAUCACUUUCCCCUCUCUUACCACCUUCUGAAGUGAAUUCACUAUUAUAAGUGAAGAAAAAUACAUUUUAAAGAUAAUUCCAUUAACCUUAAUAUUAAUAAUAUCAAUAAUAAUAAAUGCCACCUCCUCCUUAUUAUUAAUAAUAAAGAUAUCCUCCUUAAUAAUAAUAACCACCAAGAUAACAUCAUAAUGGAAAUCGUUAUCCUUAAUAGAAGAGACCUUAUUAUUAAUAACAAAUCCCAGAUUUAGUCUAAUUAUAAAUUAUGGUUGAUAGAGGCUAAAAAUAGUAAGUUACUGAUAUGAUUGGAAUGUAGCUAUUUCCAAAAGUAACCUAAGUUGUUGGCCCUAUUAAUGUAAAAAAUAUUUUAUACUAAGGCACCACAAGUUACUGGCAUAUUGCUUGAUUUUGAAAAUUAUUAAUUAAGCGAUUAGGUUAGGAUGAUUCAAGAUUCAGCUUAUUUGGGCGAGAAUAUCAGAUAAGCACUUGAAAUUCUUAAAUGAGUAUGAGUU